CAUCCGAAGCAGCCCUGACUUGGUGAGCUGGGUGCAUGCUAGGAAGCAUGGGAGCUGUUAAAACACCAGCCUUAGGGCUCCGAAGCCUUCUGAGUUUAUUGGUGGUAUCCGUGGAGGGGUGGCAUGAUUUAGAUAACAAAGACUAUGACUGUUGGCCCCUGGAAAAACCAGAUGAGUAUAACAUGCUGGACUGUGGAGGCCUGGAGAUGGCAUGGGUUCAAAGGCCUCCAGAAAAGACUGUGAGUGGGGAAUUCUUCAACGUGACCUAUGCAGUCUUUGCAUCAGAUAGCUUUUUUCAGUAUGCGGUGCAAAAUGGAAUCCUUUCUCACAGCAAUGCUACUGCUGCAAAAGAAUUCUGUGAGGAGCAUGAAUGUCCUGCCAGCUGGAAAGAUGCAAACGGGGAGAACUGUUGUGUCUACCAUGCCAACAUCCACUCCUGUCCUUUGGCCUUCAUGGGUCGAGGAGGAAUAUGUGGUCCAUGGAUCCCAGAUGAUGGCCAGAUAUUUACUCACACUUUGUCUACAGCUGGCAAAAUGAGCCAAAGAAACUGGACGGCCAAGGUUGUUUUAGUUCACCUGGGUGUGACUUCUCUUAUUGCACACAUCAGAGUUGGGAGAAUGCAAGUUGCUCUGGAAGCGAAAACCACAGUCCUUCCUGCAGUAGUCUGUGGAGAUGACUUUUGUGAAGAAAAAGAAGAAGGAUGCUCUAUCUGCCCAGUAGACUGUGGGGAAUGCCCACUGUCUGCUGAUGCUAGGAUAGCAAUUGCCUUACCAACAUGUUUAAUCUUCACAGGCUUCAUUUUCACAAUCAUGUGGUUUCAAUAUCAGAAACAAAAGAUGUUUUGGGAUGAAAGCUGGAUUAUAGACUUCACCUGCAUCAAACAAGAUGGCAUAGUACAGACAGCAAUGGGAAGCAUCAUGAGUGCUCCCCAAGUACCCAGUGACUCCAAUGCUAGCUGUAUCACAGCUCUGAGCUCCUGCACAGCUGCUGCUAACGUGUCCAAGAAACAGUACUUCACCCAGACUGGGAGAUAUGAUGGUAGAAGAGUGGCCAUAAAAAAAAUAAUGAAGAAGUCAUUCACCCUCUCCAAAUCCAUACGUAAGGAAGUAAAGCAAGUGAGGGAACUUGACCACCCUAACCUCUGCAAAUUCAUCGGAGGUUGUAUAGAAGUGCCAAAUGUUGCCAUUGUGACAGAGUACUGCCCCAAAGGCAGCUUGAGUGAUGUUCUACUCAAUGAAGAUGUUCCUUUGAACUGGGGUUUCAGGUUUUCUUUUGCUACUGAUAUUGCACAAGGAAUGGCUUAUCUUCACCAUCACAAAAUGUAUCAUGGACGGCUGAAGUCUAGUAACUGUGUUAUAGAUGACCGAUGGGUUUGUAAAAUAACAGAUUAUGGUUUGCAGUCAUACAGAAAAGAAGAUUCUCUGGAGGGGUCAAGCUCAUACCAGCAGCAUUUGACAGAGAUUUACACAGCUCCUGAAAUCCACUCCCUUUCAGACUAUGAACCCAAUUCUAUGACAGAUGUCUACAGUUAUGCCAUCAUUUUACUAGAAAUUGCCACAAGAAGCGACCCUAUGCCAGUAAAUGUGCAUUCAGGUGAAUAUUCUUCGUGCCCCCCUUUGGCAGAACUAAUUUCAGGAAAGGCUGAGAAUUCUUGCCCAUGUCCCACAGAUUACAUAGAGUUAAUCAGAAAGUGCAGAAAAAAUAAUCCAGCACAAAGGCCUACAUUUGAACAAGUCAAGAAAAUGUUGUGCAAGAUGAAUCCUAAUAAAGUUAGCCCUGUUGACAUGAUGAUGACUCUGAUGGAGAAAUAUAGCAAACAUCUGGAGAUACUGGUUUCUGAGAGAACCCAGGAUUUAAUGCAUGAAAAACAGAAGACUGAUCGUCUGUUGUAUAGUAUGUUGCCGAAGCAAGUAGCAGAUGAUCUCAGGCAGGGAAAACAUGCACAAGCUCAAAGUUACUUAAGUGCCACCAUCUUUUUCAGUGACAUUGUUGGCUUCACUCAGCUGUCCAGCAGCAGCACACCUUACCAAGUGGUAGAUCUCUUGAACAAGCUCUAUACCACUUUUGAUGAAAUCAUAGAUAACUAUGAUGUCUAUAAGGUGGAGACAAUAGGAGAUGCCUAUAUGGUGGUAUCAGGAGUACCCAAAGAGAAUGGGAUCCUUCAUGCUGGUGAGAUCGCAAGCAUGGCUUUAGACCUUCUGGAUGUCUGCAAGACUUUUAAGAUUCCGCACAAGCCUAACACCCUCCUAAAGAUAAGAGCAGGAAUCCAUUCAGGGGCAGUUGUAGCUGGAGUUGUUGGGACCAAAAUGCCACGGUAUUGUUUAUUUGGAGAUACUGUGAACACAGCUUCCAGGAUGGAAUCUACCAGUGAAGCUCUUAAAAUACAGUGCAGUUCAAGCACAUACCAGCUGUUGGAGCAGAUUGGAGAGUAUGUGUUAGUAUGUCGUGGAAAUUUACAAGUCAAGGGGAAAGGAGACAUGGUAACAUACUGGCUGGAAGGUAAGAAAGCCUCUGCCACCCGGAAGGCAGUCACCAGCACGUCUGUGACUCGUCAGGACCCCAACAGAGCUUUGCUUAGUUUGAUACCAGGUGUCCUUCCCAGCGAUCCUCUCUCAAGUCCUGCUUACUAGCCACUCUCUAACCCCAGCAUCCACCCUGCUUUCAGUCUGUUAGGUCACUUUUUUAGAAAGUAAGGAAAGAGAUAGAUGCCUCUUUGGCCUUGUGGGUAUAUUAGCUCAGAUUUUAUUCGCAGGUAUCUUUUUUCCACCAGUGGCAGGAAAAAUACAAAAAAGCAAAAACUUAUCUCAAGGAAUGAUACAUAAGAAUGGUUCACCAGCUGCUAGGGCAGAAAGUAGCUCCCAGUGUUACUUGGUAUGGUUUUGCUGGGUAAUCCCCUGACAGCAGCCUCCAUCACUUCAAAACUAGCUGGCUGGACAUUCCAGCCUGUAAAGUGCUCCCACAGGAAAGAAGGAAUUAUUGCUAUUUAGUGACAUGAGAAACUUUGUGAUUGUGAUUGGUUUUGCGCUGUGAAUGGGAAAAAUGAGAUGUGUAUUGUGUGAGAAAGCAAGGCCCAUUGGAAGAGGAGGAUGAAGCAGUGCAGUCAUAGUGGGUACAAAUUGGAACAGGAAUUUGUGCUCCUGUGUCUGUUUCAUGUCCAUUGCCUGGAGCAUAGAAAGAACAACGAAGAAGAAAGUCAGGUAUUUCCAUAGAGUCAACACUUAGUAAUACCUGCCAUCUUGGUACAGAGAUCUGAAAAUCUUGGGAGAGAAAUGAAGGGCAUUACAUACUGUUAAACAGCAGAGAGUACUUUACAGCUGCUCUUGUCUUUGGCUGCUCUGGAAUUUCUCUGAAAAACUGUCUUAAUGUUUAUUUAUAUUAAGAAGUUGCUUUUGACUAAAGCAGUGGUGAACCUCCUAUUGCUGUCUGUC